UCUCCUAUAAUAAACCAGUUGUAUUGUACUUUAGUUUUCUCUCCGUCAAUAUAUCUCUCUUAUAAGAUUUCUUUGCACUUUCAACCACAAAUCACGAUGCCUUUCGUCUUAUAUGGGUCACUCAAGUCUCUUUCUAUAAAUUUCUCUCUUAGACUCGUCUAAUAAUUUCUUUGUUUAAUUUCCUACUCUUUCUUUCACAUGGAGUCUCUUAGAAUCAGUGGCCUAAUCCCACCAUGCAACUCUAUCUCAAAUGUAAGACAUUCUAGAAUAUUAUUAUUGAAUUCCAAAGUCAUUGGGCAACAGGGUUUUGCUUCUUUGUGGAGAAGAGGAGGGAGUUGUAGGAGGAGGAUGAGUUUGAGUCUGAGAGCUGGAUCAGUUUCUGGUGGAAAUGAAAGUGCUUUGGGUGGUUUGCAAGAAGAAGAAGAUAAAAAGAAGAAGGAAAAAGGUCUCGUAUUGGGCACUGGGAGGGAUGUCUCUGGCUCUGCUAUUGGCCUUCAUCUAAUUCCUUCAUCUGGUGAAACUCAAGUCAUUGACUCAUCCGGUGAAGAUGCAACCACCGAAACAGUGGAAGAUGCAACUACUGUAACGGAAGAAGAGGCAGAUGACACAGAUGAAAAAGAGGAAGCCCUUGCAAAAGUAACCUACAAUAUUGUCUUUGUUACUUCUGAAGCAGCACCUUAUUCGAAAACGGGUGGCUUGGCUGAUGUUUGUGGUUCAUUGCCUAUAGCACUUGCUGCCCGUGGUCACCGUGUUAUGGUUGUCUCCCCUAGAUAUCUCAAUGGUACAUCUUUGGACAAAAUCUAUGCCAGUGCUGUUGAUUUAGACACCCAUGUCAAGAUAUAUUGCUUCGGAGGAGAGCAAGAGGUUGCCUUCUUCCAUCAGUAUAGGGAGCGUGUUGAUUGGGUGUUUGUGGACCAUCCAUCAUUCCAUAGACCUGGAAAUCCAUAUGGGGAUAUUUAUGGCGCUUUUGGUGAUAACCAGUUUCGGUUCACUUUACUUUGCCAUGCAGCAUGCGAAGCUCCACUGGUGCUUCCAUUAGGAGGGUACACCUAUGGAGAGAAUUCUUUGUUCAUCGUCAAUGACUGGCAUGCAGGGCUUGUGCCAGUGCUUUUGGCAGCCAAGUAUCGUCCAUAUGGAGUUUACAAGGAUGCCCGAAGUAUUCUCGUAAUCCACAACCUUGCACAUCAGGGAGUGGAACCUGCAGCCACAUACAAGAAUUUGGGACUACCUCCACAGUGGUAUGGAGCACUCGAGUGGAUAUUUCCAACAUGGGCAAGGACACAUGCGCUCGACACAGGUGAAGCUGUCAACAUUCUGAAGGGUGCAAUUGUGACUGCCGAUCGAAUACUAACAGUUAGCCAGGGAUACUCCUGGGAGAUUACGACUGGUGAAGGCGGAUAUGGUCUGCACGAGCUACUAAGUAGUAGAAAGAGUGUUCUUAAUGGGAUUACAAAUGGCAUUGAUGUUGCUGAAUGGGAUCCAUCUUCAGAUGAAUACAUUGAUUUCCAUUAUUCUGCUGAUGAUCUUUCUGGAAAGGUUAAGUGCAAGGUUGCUCUGCAGAAGGAAUUAGAUCUUCCUGUUAGGCCUGAUUGCCCAUUGAUUGGCUUCAUUGGGAGAUUAGAUUACCAGAAAGGCAUUGACUUGAUUCGUCUCACGAUGCCAGAGAUCCUGCAAGAUGAUGUACAAUUUGUUAUGCUGGGUUCUGGAGAUCCACAGUACGAGAACUGGAUGAAAGCAACAGAAUCAGCAUAUAGAAAUAAAUUCCGGGGUUGGGGUGGAUUUAAUGUACCAAUUUCUCAUAGGAUAACGGCAGGCUGUGACAUACUGUUGAUGCCCUCGAGAUUCGAGCCCUGUGGGCUAAAUCAAUUAUAUGCAAUGAGAUAUGGAACUGUACCUGUGGUUCAUGCGACUGGAGGACUUAGAGAUACCGUAGAGAAUUUCAAUCCCUAUGCUCAAGGAGGCAGUGGUGAAGGCACAGGGUGGGCUUUUUCUCCACUAACAAAAGAGAGUAUGUUGGGGACGCUAAGAGUUGCUGUUCAGACUUUCAAAGAGCACAAAUCUUCAUGGGAGGGAUUGAUGAAAAGAGGUAUGCAGAAGGAUUUCACAUGGGAAAGCUCAGCAGUAAAGUAUGAGCAAGUCUUUGAAUGGGUGUUUUUGGAUCCACCCUACAUUGGCUGAAGGAAAAGAGAAGAAGAAAAGUUUCAAAAGAAGACAAACUAAACCCCCUCUGGCAUUUUCCAUUGAUGAGUCCAACGAAUUUGGACAACCUUUUUUCAUGGUCUACCAGAUGGGUUGCUGCUGUAUGGAGGAAAGUUCAAUCUCAUUUUUACAUUGGUUAAUACAUAAUAAGUAGUAAGGAAUAUUUUCUUGCUGUAAUUUUGAUCACCUUUUUCAAUCGGAGCGAGUAAAACUUGUUCUGAUAUUGGACAUUAAUUAUAAAUUAGACUAAUUGAUCCAUACAGUAUAAAAAGCUACUACAUAUACAAUA